UCUCAUUGAUGUGUAGUUAAAGAGAGAGGGAGGGAGAGGAAUUGCGUGAACCCAUUGUAUGCAAUUUGGAGUUUAGCUCCCCUUUUUCCUGUGCGGGAAAUCUGGGUUUCAUAUUCUUCCCUUUUCUCUCUGCUCUGCCCAAUUUCAGAUUUUUUGUAGAGAGAUUGAUAGGAUAGGAUGUGUAGUGGCUCUAGGAGGAAAGUUGUUCCUGAUGAUCUAGCUAUGGAAGGUGGAAUUCAAGGGCAGGAGAUUUUGCUGGAGUUAUCAGCGAAUGAUGAUCUUAGAGGGUUUAGAACAGCUGUUGAAGAAGAGGGUCUUGAUGUCAACAUGUCAGGGUUGUGGUAUGGGAGAAGAAUUGGUUCUAAGAAGAUGGGCUAUGAGGAGAGGACACCCCUUAUGGUUGCUUCUACUUUUGGUAGCAAACAGGUGCUGAAUUAUAUUCUGGAGAAGGGUUGUGCUGAGAUUAACCGAGCUUGUGGCUCUGAUGGGGCUACUGCUCUCCACUGUGCUGUUGCUGGUGGCUCUACUGCAUCGCUCGAUGUUAUCAAGCUCUUACUUGGUUAUUCGGCUGAUGAGAAUUUGGUGGACGCCAAUGGAAACCGGGCUGCUGAUUUGAUCCCCUUCUGCAGAUUCAGCUCGCGGAAGAAGAUGCUGGAGCAUGUUCUCAAGGGCGGUGGUGAUGCUGAUGAAGGAUACGAGUUGAUUGAUGAGGGGGCGUUUGAAAAGGUUGAAGAGCAACGGGUAAUCUAUCCAAAUGUCUUGAAAGAUGGGAGUGAGAGGAAAGAAUACCCUGUUGAUCCCUCCCUUCCAGACAUAAAGAAUGGUAUUUAUGGGACUGAUGACUUCAGAAUGUACACAUUUAAGGUGAAGCCAUGUUCCCGGGCUUACUCUCAUGACUGGACCGAGUGCCCCUUUGUUCACCCUGGCGAAAAUGCUAGAAGGCGUGACCCAAGGAAGUACCACUAUAGUUGUGUGCCUUGCCCAGACUUUCGAAAGGGCACUUGCCAGCGGGGAGAUGCUUGUGAAUACUCACAUGGUAUAUUUGAGUGCUGGCUUCAUCCUGCCCAGUAUCGCACACGUAUGUGUAAGGAUGAAUCGCGUUGCAAUAGAAGGGUCUGUUUCUUUGCCCAUAAACCUGAGGAGCUUCGGCCUUUCUAUGCUUCUACAGGUUCAGCUCUGCCUUCCCCUAGAUCAUACUCUCUCGGGGCUUCAUCUUUGGAUAUUGCAUCAAUUAGCCCACUAGCCCUCGGUUCUCCAUCAAUAAUGGUACCUCCAACAUCAACCUCUCCCGUGACUCCCUCUGGGGCUUCUUCUCCCAGGAGUGGAUCACCGAGGCCAAAUCAGCCUAACAUGACAACUCCGACUUUGCAGCUUCAUGGUAGUAGAUUGAAAACUGCACUUAAUGCCAGGGACAUGGAUUUAGAUUUUGGACUACUUGGACUAGAUCAUCUCAGGCAAGAGCAAAUGGUGGAUGACAUGUCUGCUCUCUCUUCACCUUCCAGCUGGAACAAAAUUUCAGCCACCACAGCCGCUUUUGGUGCUUCAUCUAGUGGAGAAUUCAGUAGGCAUGCUGGACUAAUGCCCACCAAUCUCGACGAUAUUUUUGGGGCAUUUGAUCCCAAUGUGUUGUCUCAGCUGCAAGGGCUUUCUCUGGAUACUGGAAAAUCACAACUUCAAUCUCCUAAGGGAAUGCAGAUUCGGCAGAAUAUGAGUCAGAAUUUCCUCUCAAGCUUCCCUGCCAGUCCCUCAACAUCAUCGUUUAGGAUGGAUCCAUCUGAUUCAGCAUCAGCAGUGUUGAAGAAUUCAAGAUCUUCUGCAUUUGCAAAACGAAGCCAGAGUUUUGUUGAUCGCAGUGCAGUGAAACACGGUGUGGCAUCUUCGCCAACCUCUUCCGCAAUUGCAAUGCCAUCAACCUUUUCCGGUUGGGGCUCUCCCGAUGGAAAAUUAGACUGGGGUAUCAAAAAGGAGGAACUCAGUAAGCUUAGGAAAUCUGCUUCGUUUGGCAUCAGGAGCAGUGGCAACAGUGUUGCAAUGGAUGGCACCUCGUUUUCAACCACUGUUGACGAGCCUAAUGCUUUGUGGGUUCAAUCUUUAGUAAACGUCGCCCCUCCCAUAAAUCAUGGCCAAUUCAGUAUGGAAGAUCAGCAGUAUUGUCUGAACAACAGAGGAGGUUCAGAGAUGCAUCCAGCAUGGGCAGACCAGUUAUAUAUGGACCAGGAGCAGGUUGUGGCAUAAACAUGACAUUAACUCCGCAGUCUGAAUCUUUCGGGUAAUCUUUAACAAGUUCUUUGUCAUUUUUUUAAUUUUUGCUCAAAUUCCCGGAUGGAUACAGGAAAAUAGAACAUAGAGAAUACAAGAAGUUGGGCAGGUAAAAAAAGAAAAAAAAAAUCUUCCCCUUUCAAUUAUGUUGAAAUACCUUAUCAUCCCUCCUAGUAUACAAAUUUGUAUUCUAUUAUAUAUGUACCAGAUAAUAAAAGUGAUCAUUGAAUGCCAUUCUUUUCCCUCGUGACAAACUCCAUCUGAUGUUAUUUGUAAGUGCAAGAAAGAAGUGAUCAUUCAUAUUAUGUCUGUAUACUAGACUGAUAAUACAACACGAAAA